CACCAUGGCCCAACACUGGGGCUACGGCAAGGACAACGGACCUUCUACCUGGCAUGAGGUUUUCCCCAUUGCCAGUGGAAACCGGCAGUCACCGAUUGACAUUCACACCAAGUCUGCCAAGUAUGAUUCCUCACUGAAGCCGUUGAGCAUCACUUAUGAUCCAUCUUCAGCCAAAAACAUCAUCAACAAUGGCCACUCUUUCAAUGUGGAGUUUGAUGACUCGACUGAUAAAUGUGUGCUUAAAGGGGGCCCACUUGAAGGAACUUACAGGCUGAUUCAAUUCCACAUUCACUGGGGAUCCCAUGAAGGUCAAGGAUCUGAGCACACAGUGGAUGGUGUGAAAUAUGAUGCAGAGCUUCAUUUGGUUCACUGGAACACCAAGUAUGGUAAAUUUGCAGAAGCUGUGAAGCAUCCUGAUGGCUUGGCUGUCUUGGGUGUGUUUUUAAAGGUAGGAAGUGCCUGUCCUGGAAUACAGAAAGUUAUUGAUGUCCUGGGCUCCAUUAAGCACAAGGGCAAACAGGCUGCUUUCACAAACUUUGAUCCCACGGGUCUACUUCCUGCCUCCCACGAUUUCUGGACUUACCUUGGAUCGCUGACUACACCCCCUCUGCUUGAAUGUGUCAUCUGGAUCGUUCUCAAGCAGCCUGUAACCAUCAGCAAGGAACAGGUUGACAAACUCCAUUCCCUUUCCUUCUAUGAUGAGAAUGAGCCACCAUGCCCCAUGGUUGACAACUGGCGCCCGUGCCAGCCACAGAAGGGCAGAGAAGUUAGAGCCUCGUUCCAAUAAGCUGUACUCAUUAAACGUUGCCGUGCCCUUGCGGGAUAAGUUCUUUCUGCUGAGCACAAAUCCAACUACUGCCAUACGUACACUGGCAACAUCUCUUUCCCCCCCCUAGUGCUCUCUUUUCUUCCUGUCAUCCUCUGUAGUUCUAACUAAUGAAAUGUGAAAGGCCUCAGGCCUCAAGGAAAGCUUAUUUGCUGCAG